UUUGUUAGCUAAGAUGGCGGCUUUGUUGAUAGUACGCAGAUGUACUUGCGGUGUCAUUCGUUUCAAUUCCGAUAGAGAAUUAGACGUCUGAAAGAAUAAACAGGAUUUCAAGAUGGAUAACUCAAACUGCAACUCUUCUACAAGUAUGUCAUCCAAUAGGGCUGGAAACCCUGCUGAUGUAGGUGGGAGCUCAGAAGAUGUUGAUGAUGCUCAAGAUGAAGAAUCUUCUUCCUCAUCAAAUGUGGAAACGGAACUUGAAAACUUCCGUCUGCUGUGGAAAAAAGAAAUUGAAUCUUCUCCAUUCAAAGGAAAGUUUAAAAGCAAAAUGAGAGCAGUCACUUGUUCUACUGAUACGGUAGCUGAGAAUGUUGAACAAGAAGCUCGGUGGUUGUUUUUGCACGGUGUUCAAGCAGAAAGGAUGGGAAAAUUGCAAGAUGCUAUAUCAUUUUAUCGUCGAGCUAUACAGCUUGUGCCUGACAUAGAAUUUAGAAUUGAGGAAAAUUCCCUUGAAUAUACAGAUUUCUCUGAUGAAUCAGAUGAGUCAAGUGCUUAUGAUGGAAAUUCAUCUGAGAGUGAAGAUGAAGUGGACAAUCUUGUUUGUAAAUUUCAGAUGCUAGCUUCUAAAUCUUCUAACUUUAGUUCUUGUUUGCCAAAACAUGAGCAAAUGGCUAGCCAUUUCUCAGACCUUCCAUUUGAAAUUUUUAUGUAUAUUUUACGAUGGGUAGUAGGACAAGAUCUUGAUGUAUUUUCUUUGGAACAAAUAUCAAGGGUAUGUCGAGGUUUUUAUGUUUGUGCCAGAGAUCCUGAAAUAUGGAAGUCUAUUUGUUUAAGGAUAUGGGAUGUAAAUGUUGAUACUCCAAAUAAAUAUGGCAGUUGGAGGGAUAUGUUUAUUCAACGUCCUCAUUUGUCUUUCAAUGGUGUGUAUAUCAGCAAAACAACUUACGUAAGGUAUGGUGAAUCUUCAUUUCAAGAUGCAAAUUAUAGGCCUUGUUAUCUAGUUGAAUAUUACAGAUACUUACGAUUUUUUCCAGAUGGAGUAAUUCUGAUGCUUACUACUCCAGAUGAUCCAUACCAAUCUUUGUACAAGCUUCGCCAACAAAAGUCAAAAUACCCAAAUGUAAUGUAUGGUCGCUACAAGUUAGUAGGUAGUACUGUAAUGGCUGUAGUAAAAAAACCUAAAUCAGAUACUGGUAGUGCUCAAAUACCAAAUUACAGAUACAGGCGUCAGAGGCAAGCAAAUAUUUCAGAAACAGAAGACCAAACAUUUCAUCUUGAGCUUGAAGUGAAAAAUUACAAAAAAAGAUUGAACUGUCAGCUAAACUGGAAUCGUUAUUCUAUUCAUAUCAUUUACAGAAAUGGCCAGGAAGCUGUUUCAAACUUUGACUUACUGCCCACAAAUUUUCCAUGUUUUUGGUUUUCUCGAGUGAAGAGUUUUACCAUUGAAUCUGAAAGUCCUUUAAAGUAAAAAAUGAAACUGUAGAAGCUUAGCAGACAACUUUUUAUUAUUCAGAUUUCUAGGAGAAACCUAGCCAAUAUUAUAUUCAUUGUAUUAUAAAUAAAUUUUAUGCCAUUUUGUUGAA